AUAAUUAGUUACAUGGGCUACCUGUGCUAACCAGCCAAGUCUUCGACGACGCACUCGUCCAAUAUGGCGUCCUUCUAGAACGAAGCGAGGCAUUCUCUCUUCCUUACUAUUUCUUUCUAGACUUGUAAAAGAUUGCCUCAUGGCUAACACUGACGUAAAAGGGUUGAUUGGCAGGCUAACAAAUCAGAAAACGGACGAUAAAAGAGUUGGAUGCAAGAAAUGUGGCUAUCCUGGUCACUUGACUUUCCAGUGCCGUAACUUCAUCCCAGUCGACCCUAAGAAAGAUGUCGUUGUUGACGUCAGCAGUACAUCCAGCGAGGACACAGAUGACGACGCAGAAGUUAGCGUAAGCUCAACAUCAACACCAUCAUCAGAAUCUGUUGAAUCUGAAAAACGAUCCAAGGUAAAGAAAAAGAGAAGAAAAACAAGAAGAGAACAUUCAAGGAGGUCGGCUUCAUUAGAAGAGGUCUUACAACAAAGAGAUGUACCAAGAGAUCGUUCGGCAUCUCUGUCCCCACAACACAAAAGGUCAAAACAUUCUCGUCACCGGAAACAAGCUGACUCAAGUUCUGAAGAUUCAGAUGCUGACAGUGGUGAUUCGCACAAGAGACGAAAACACAAAGAGAAAAAGAAACGCCACAGGGACAGAAGCCGCGACCGACACAAGAAAAAGACAAGGAAACACAAAAAGCACAAAUCUAGAUCCAAACAAAGCUCUGACGAUUCUGACUGAAACAUCAGAUACUAAAGAUUAAAAAAACUCUAAUAUUCAGGACAUCUGAAUAUAAGACCUAAUUAUCAACAUUCCUAAAUGUACAUAUGUACAAAUAGCAAGUGUUUUUUUUUAAUGAACACCAAUACCUCUUUAUAGUUUCUGAAUCUCUACUUGAACAUUUUAUAAACUGAAUUGCAAUGGUAAGAUUUUCAUUGGGAAUCGGCCCAAGUACCUGACCUCUCUCAGUGGCUUUGAUCUGUGAAGGACUAUGAAUUAAUGUUAAUAGUCAUUAUAGUUUUUUAGUAUUAUUACAGAACAAUCUGCUAAUAUUGUAAUAUUGUUAUUCAACCACAGUAUACACAUUCUUUUAAAUAGUGUCCUUGCUUUAUUUUUUUUUCUCCUCACAAAAUACUUUAACUAUUCUAAUUAAAACACCACAAAACUGCUGGUAUAUUUUAUAGGCAAGAAUGACAUCGAAAAAAAUUGUAGUUACUCUUUUAUCCAUGGUCAACAACUAUUUCAUAUCAGUGGUCAAUUUUAAGUAUUUUUCCAAGGAGAAACCUAUUCAAAGUCAGAAAUGUUCUAAGAAAUUUGGACAAAUAUUAUAUACAUUACCCUAGUAUCCUUUGCUGUAACAUUAAUACAUUAAUAAAGCUUUAUAAAUCCCA